AAAAAAAAAACUCUUUUCUGGAUAAAUUGUGAAAACUGAAAGCGAGAAAACCCCGUAACGUAAGUAACACAGGGGAAGUUUCUUCCGCCGUGUCUUGGCCGCCUCUGUGUGUUUCCUCGGAAUUUCAGCCCCGCGUAUAUACCAGACCAGAUCUCUGCAUAUGUAUAUGAUGCAUCUCUCCCGUUAGAGAGAGACAGAGACAGAGACAGAGAGGGAGAGGCUAUUUUCUGCGUUUGCUUGUUUCCCGAUUGAUUUCGACAGCCGUUUCUGAUCCGUUCGUUUUCGGUCGGAAUAAUUAAUUAAGGAUUUCUCGAGGGCGAUAGUUGUUGUUGACUUUGAUUGAUGGGCGGGAAGAGUUCUAGGGACGAUAGCUGGAGGCAAAGUUCUAGGUCAACUUCAUCAUCAUCUUGGAAUUAUGAGUAUCCCCCCCAAUCCUCCCCCUCCUAUCAACAACCCUAUCAACCGCCAGAGCCCUACAAUUACCCAGUCGAGCACGCCUUUCCUUCCUACGCGCCGCCGCCUCAGCCGCCGUAUCACCCUCCUUCUCAAGAUCUAGGGCCCUCCACUUACACCUUGCUUCCUCCCCAGAAGAGGCUUGACCGGAGGUAUUCAAGGAUUGCUGACAAUUUCAAUUCCCUCGAAGAGGUAACUGAUGCUCUUGCACGUGCUGGACUGGAGUCUUCCAAUCUGAUUGUUGGCAUUGAUUUCACGAAGAGCAAUGAAUGGACUGGUAAGAGGUCAUUUGGCGGGCGAAGCUUGCAUGACAUUGGACGUGGUCUUAAUCCCUAUGAGCAAUUAAUUUCCAUCAUUGGGAAAACCUUGGCAGCCUUUGAUGAUGAUAACUUAAUCCCGUGUUUUGGGUUUGGUGACGCAACAACUCACGAUCAGGAUGUAUUCAGUUUCUAUCCAGAUGAUAGGUUUUGCAAUGGUUUUGAGGAUGUUUUAUCUCAGUAUAGGGAAAUUGCACCCCAACUAAGACUUGCAGGGCCAACAUCUUUUGCACCGGUGAUUGAAAUGGCUAUGACUAUUGUGGAGCAGAGUGGAGGACAGUAUCACGUUUUAGUGAUCAUUGCUGACGGGCAGGUGACCCGUAGUGUUGAUACUGGGCGUGGUCAAUUGAGUCCCCAGGAGCAAAAAACAGUUGAUGCAAUUGUAGAAGCGAGUAAGUUCCCUCUGUCUAUUAUUUUGGUUGGGGUUGGGGAUGGGCCUUGGGACAUGAUGAAGGAGUUUGAUGAUAAUAUCCCGUCCAGAGAAUUUGAUAAUUUUCAGUUUGUCAAUUUUACCGAGAUAAUGGCAAAAUCGGUACCUCAAGCUCGAAAAGAAACAGAAUUUGCACUUUCAGCAUUGAUGGAAAUUCCUUCACAAUACAAAGCCACCAUUGAGCUUGGUCUGUUAGGGGGUAAUAAAGGUAAAUCUCCCAGAAGGGUUCCCCUCCCCCCUCCCAUCUAUGGUGGGACUGGUUCGAAGCCCGCAGGAGGGAAAAGUUUUCAGCACACUCCAAGUUCCUACUACGACUACAAGGACCCCGUGGGCACACCUUUGGCCCCUCAGCACACAGCACCAAGCUCGUACUAUGAUCCCAGGGGUAGUCCUGUUGCCCAGGGUCCAUCUGCACCUGCCACGAAUUAUGAUAAUCAGGUUUGCCCGAUUUGCCUCACUAACCCGAAGGAUAUGGCAUUUGGUUGUGGACAUCAGACAUGUUGUGAAUGUGGGAGAGCGUUGGAAACAUGCCCGAUAUGUCGCAGCGCAAUUCAAACUAGGAUAAAACUGUAUUGAGUAUUUUAAGUGUGGUUGGUGUAAAUACAUCUCCAUCUCUUCUUCAACUAUCCGUAUGUUCUUUGUUGUAAAAAAAACCAACAAAAUUAUUCUUGUGUUUUGAAGAGUCUUGGCUUUUAGAAUACGGAAUAUUUGCCCAUUGAUUGAUUGACGAUCGAUAGACCAUUUGUUUGAUUGAUGAUGAUGCGUUUUUCUCAAAAAUAAGUGAGGAGGAUUGUUCUUGUUCUUCUGAUGAUAAAAAAAUACAAGUACUAGUGAAAUUUGAUAAUUUCUAGACAUGGAGGCAUUAUUUGUUUGCCAAAGAAACACAUGGAUGGAUG